AUGAACCUAAACUUGAGGAGGCACAUUAAGCCCAUAUGCCACAUUAAGAAUAUUUUUUUCAGGCGGGAAAAUCUUUUGGGGGACAAAACAUGGCGGGAAAUUAUACCCCUUGGAGAUGGUCAUGUAUAUAAGCAAACGCAGGUGGUGCGUUGUUGGCCCCAUUUUUACAACGAGUCUUUUGUAGUUCCCAUUAGAACGAGUGAAGACAUGGGUGCGUACCAAAUGAGGAGGGACAGGGGGGGCACGGUGCGGAAGAAGUUGAGCCGAGAGAAGAAGAAAACGCAGAAGAAGCAGAAGAAGGAAAAAUCGGCCGAUGUGCAC